AUUGACACAUUUUCUGUCUUGAUGACUUCAGCUCCGAGCACAGAAAACAACAGUGUAUAGUAGAAAUAUUCACAGAAACCUGACUCUGCGGGCACUCAGGAACGAAUCGGCGGACUGUCUCUGGUUUAAAAGACACAUUAUGAGCGUGUGGAGCCCGGAGAGUGUCCGGAGACGCGGCGGAGCCUUCAGCCGCUGAUGUGUGAUUUCCACCCGGGAGCAGGAUGUGUCAUUAUUCGGAUCAUGUCAUUUGAAGGUAAACACCAAACCCCCCAGUGAAGCCGCAGCCAUGGCUUCGUCUCUGAGCUGCUUCAGUGGACCCGAGGUGCUGGAGGACGCGAAUCACGCCCGGGGCUUGGUGAACGAGCUCAAGCUGCUCUUCGACUGUCGCCUGCUCGGGGACAUCACCAUCGGCGUCGAGCGUGAGGAGGAGUCGCUGGAGCCCGGCGGAGGCUCGACCGGGGGCGACCCGGACCGAGUGUUCCUGUGCAGCCGCAACGUCCUCGCCGCCGCCAGCCCCUACUUCAAGAGCAUGUUCACCGGCGGCCUGAACGAGAGCGGGCAGGAGCGGGUGCUCAUCCGCGGCGUGGACCCGGAGAGCAUGUCGGUGAUCAUCGAGUACUGCUACACGGGCCGGGUGACCGUCACGGAGGGCAACGUCCAACGGCUGUACGCGGCCGCCAACAUGCUCCAGCUGGAGUACAUCCGGAGGGCCUGCUCCAGCUUCAUGACCCGGAGGCUGGACCUCUCCAACUGUGUGGGGAUGCUGAAGUUCGCGGACACCUACGACAACACUGAGCUGAAGGAGAGCGCACGGGCUUUCAUUGCCAGGAACUUCAGCCAGCUGUGCAGCGGGGGGGACCUGUGCGAGCUGGACCUGCUGCAGCUCAGGGACCUGCUGUCUCUGGAUGCUUUGGACGUGGACUGCGAGAGAAAGGUGUGCUCGGCAGCUCUGCAGUGGGUAGAGGCCAAUGCCCCGCAGAGGAGGGAGGAUGCUCUGCAGGCGCUGAGGUGUGUUCGCUGGAACCUGUUCACCGAAAAGGACAAGCUCUACCUGGAGGGCCUCAUGGCCAGGCCUGUCAUUGAGAAGUACCUCGCAUGCUUUUUCAACAGGUCCACAGAGGACAGCUGUGGCCUGUCUGAGGCACAGCAGGUGGCAAAACACAGAAUAGGCGUCAGCGCAAAAGAGAUGAUCCUCUUCUUCGGCCUGCCCAACGACAACAUCAUGUGCUGUGACCCGUACUCCGAGGACCUGUAUUUCAUGGCUCCCCCUUUGGAGGACCUCAGUAGUCAGGAUUACAAACGCUCCACCAUGGAGUCAUUGAUCGGCUGUGCCACGCCCGAAAACCACCUGUACCUUGCCUCCCACCUCUCUAAACACUUCUGGCUGUAUAACCCUGUGCUCAACAGCUGGCAGGAGUUGGCAGAGAGACCUCUGGGGAGGAUCCACUCCGGGAUGGGCUACCUCAACGGUCACGUGUACCUUUUGGGAGGAAGGAACCCGGUGACGGACACCAGACUGAAGGAGGUCGAGUGUUACAGCGUCCAGAGGAACCAGUGGACGUUUGUGGCCCCUCUGCCUCACUCUUUGGGUAAAAUGCAGGUGGUGGCGCUGAACGACCACCUCUACGUGGUGAACAAAAGGAGGAUGCUCUGCUACGACCCCAAGAGGAACCGCUGGCGUCACUGCGGGUCGCUAAGACGAGACAAGCUUCACAAGGCCUGCGUGUUUCAGGACCAGAUCAUCUGCGUGUGUGACAUCCCUGUGGUGAAGGCCUACAGCCCCACCAGGGGGGAAUGGAAGAGGUUGGGUGACAUUCCUAUCGACAGUCGAGCUCUGAACUACCAGGUGAUCCAGCACAACAGCAAACUGCUGCUCCUCACGCAGACUUUACUACAGCACAACAAAAACAGGGUCCUCAUCCACGAGUACGACCCGGCCAGGGACACCUGGAAGAACGUCAUGGCGGUGUACGUGUCCACGCUGGGGCCCGUGUGCGUUUCGACACGCGUGUACCCAGCGUGCCUCGGCUCAGCUCACAGCUUCUCUACAGAGGAGGAUGACGACAGUGGCUCCAGUGCUGACUGGGACUUUGACGGGUUGACAGACGCAGAUUCUGACUCUGGUAGCUCCAGCUCCUUCUCAGACGAGAACUGGUAGCGAUAUGCAUCACUGUGUCAAAGAAAAGUCAAAUGUAUUUGUGAUUCAACGGAUAUUAACAGGGUUCUGUCUCAUAGACUAAGCCUCAGAUCCAGUUUAAAGUCAGUAUUGAAACCAGCCAUGGAGAGUAGAAGCACAAGCUGUUUUGAAGAGAACAUUCUUUUUUUUCUAUCUUUUUUUACAAAUCUUGGUCCUGACUAAUUCACUGGAGGAGGGAGGGGAAAGAAGCAGGAAUGGUUUCAUAUAUUGUUUUCAGUCUUUUUCACACAGUGUGAACAAGAGCCAAGAGCGAAUGGCUUUGUUCCUCAGUUUGUACCGUGAUCGGUGAGCAGGAGGGACAGCGUGAAGUCUAGUAGUGUCAGACAAAUAACUGUCUAAAAAUAGUCUCCUCUAUAGAGAAGAGUAGAGGAUCUACCAUAAUUAUUUAGCACACACGCAUGAGGGCAGUUGAAUGGAGGCUGCUCGUAAGAUGUGUAGCAUUACACUUCCAUAGUAGAAGGGUGCUUAGAGAGCGCAUUGUUGCAGUUAUUGAGAUCAGGUCAACACAUCAGAUAUUUAAACAUUUGCUGAAAUGUACGAAAAUGAAGUAAAGAGGUAUCUUGCCUUGUUAAAAGCAGUGAAAUGAUUUCAUCUUGAUCUGUUCCAAAAUUAUAUUGGGUUCUUUCUUGGCUCAUGUCCACCCCUCCAUAAAAGAUCACUGAAAUCCAGGAGGUCCAGUAGUUUCUGGGUUAUAACAAUAGAACAUAAGAAUGGCAUGCAAUAAGGUUAGCAUACACCUCCGCCAAGUCCUAACAGUCCCCUUGAAUUCAGUCAAAAAAUCACAAAGAUCCAUGAAUUAUUCCCCAGAAAAUAGGUCAAAAUGUCCCCCAAAAACAUGCUGUCUCGCCAUGUUACAGAAAGAGAAAAAUACAUCGUUGUUCCACACAGAUCUAUUUUCUUGUUUUCUUGGACCCAUGUCUCAUCCUUUCACCAAGUUAAGCGAAAAUCCGUUGUUAGUUUUUUUUUGAAUCCCGCUGACAAACAAACAAAAGGAGAAGGAUGGAAAUAUGAGGAACUCAUAACUCAUUUAUGAGGCAAAAUUACUUUAAAACUUAAGAUUCCCUUGGAAAGUUUGUCCAGAAAACAAAGACAUGUCUUGCUCCUGAGUUCAUUUUCAGUUUAGAGAGGAAGCCUUAUGGCUUUUUUGUGAAGAAUUUGAUGGCAAACAAGCAACUUAACUGCGUCUUUCAUCAGAUACUUUGUGCUUGGUUAAUACCGAGCAGAGUGGCUGGUAUUUAACAUUUUGAACACUCUGCGGAAGAUGGAGUAUUUUUGACUUGACAGCUUGUUCUAAGUUACAAAAGACUUUAAAUAUGUCAAACUGUUUGCACAUACAGAGCAGUACUCCCCAUGAUAAGUAAAUCGACAUGUUUGUGUUGAACCAGUGGAGGGCUCCUUUACUGCUUUAACACAGCUCAUGCUGUGUUAUAUUUAGACUGGAAUAUGCUAAUAACAUGACAACUAACAUAAUACUUAGCUGGAAUUCAGGAGCAGUCCUGCUUAUGAUCGAUGUUAAAUCGUGACUGUGACUUUUGGAACAUAUGGCAGCUCCAGUGGCUCACGUUCAUGGCUCUGAACACUAACGGUCAUUUGCAGGCCUUAAGAAUUUGCAGUCCUUGUAAUGUUGGUGAUGCCCGUCCUGAUGUCGCACACGGUGAAAACUGCUGUAUGAAAUGUAGAAGCCAUUGUACUAUGCUCACUCAGGUUUUGGCUUAAAAACAAGCCUGUAUGCCAUGAUUGACUUUUUUCUUUAGAUGUUGUGUAAUUGUGAAAGAUGUUGAAGAAAAAUUAUAAAUUUUAUUGAAUUUAUUUUAAACUAUUUGAUUGUGUUUAUGAUUUUGUAUCUAUGGAUUGUUUUUUUUUACUUAACACUUAUGUUACAAUCAGAAAUCAACACACGAGGUGUUUUGACUUGUACUGUUAAGUCCUGAUUAAUUAUUUUAUGUGAGAAAGUUUUGUCCGCAUGUUUCCAACUGUCCCAGAGCCAUUGGCCUCAACAACUGCUCCGUACACUCACUUACCAGUUUAUUAUCUGUCUUGAAUCACAUUAAAGUGUUUUAAUCUGA